AUGGAUGGAUGGAAGGCACCAUUGUGUGACCAAGCAUGCCCUGCUAGAAAGUUUGGUGCAGGAUGUAAGGAGGAUUGUGCUUCCACUUGCAAAUAUGAUAUUUGUGAUCAUGUGAACGGCAGUUGUCGUGGUGGAUGCAAGCCAGGUUAUCAAGGAAAUAAGUGUGAAAGUGAAUGUCCCGAUGGAAAGUUUGGUGAAGAAUGUAAGGAGAAUUGUCCUUCUAAUUGUAACAAUAAUAUGUGUGAUCAUGUGACUGGUAAUUGUACAAACGGAUGUAAGCCUGGCUAUAAAGGAAAUACUUGUGAAGAAAAGUGCAUAGCCAAAAAAUAUGGUGAAGGAUGUAAGGAGAAUUGUUCACUAAAUUGCAAAACUGGUGCUUGCAAUCAUGUCAACGGCAAUUGUAGUGAAGGGUGCAACUCGGGUUAUCAAGGACUCAAGUGUGAAGAAAAAUGUAAUACUGGUCAGUAUGGUGAUGAUUGCGACGACAAAUGCAGUGCUCAUUGUAAAGACAGAAUAUGUAGGCAUACAGAUGGAGAAUGUUUGAAUGGUUGCGUGGCAGGGUGGAAUGGUAAAAAAUGUGAUUCACAAUGUAGCCGUGGCAGGUUUGGUAUUGGCUGUAAGGAGAGUUGUCCUUCAAAUUGUAAACAUGAUGCCUGUGGGUAUGAUCAUGGCAAUUGUGGUGAAGGGUGCAAGCCAGGUUUUCACGGAAAUAAGUGUAAAAAAAUUUGUACUAGCGGUACCUUUGGCGAUGAAUGCGGCAAGAAAUGCAGUGGUAAUUGUGUAGGCGGAGAUAAAAUGUGUAGACAUACAGAUGGACAUUGUCUAAAUGGUUGCCAGGCAGGGUGGAAUGGAACAAACUGUUUCUCAAAAUGUGACAUUGGGUUUUACGGUAAAAACUGCGCGUUGGAGUGUGGUAACUGCCAGCUUGGAAACCGUUGCGACCACGUUACUGGCACUUGUCAGGGAGGAUGCAAAACUGGUUACAGUGGCGCCACCUGUUUACAAGCAAUGCAAACGUUGAAUAUUUCGAAUUCGAUUGUGGCAGGGGGAGUAGCAGUUCUUAUCAUCUUAAUUUUAAUUGUAGUUAUUGCUUUCGUUUGGCAUAAGCAACGCAAUCAGAAUAAAAGGAAAAAUGAACAAAAAGGUGACGUGGAGCUCAGAGACGCUGUUGCGACUGCUAGCAAUGAAAAUCGAAGGCCAUCUCACGAUGGAAAUACGCAAUCAAAUACAGCAUAUGACAGUGGAAGAGCGGCGGCAGCAGCUGAUGCGAACAUUUACAACAACUUCCCGAUGCAAAUUCCUACCAGAAAUGCCAUUCCACUGUCAAAUCUCCUACAAUAUGUCAAAGAGAAUCUGGCCAAUCCUGACCACUUUGCAACUGAAUUUCAGGUUAUUUGAUGUUCUUUAUGGGAACGUUUUUAAAUUAUUUAUGUGUUUAGAAAAGAUACUGGAGAUCUAGAUAAUUAGAUAUUCUUAUU